AUGGCGGUGAACCAGGGCCACAGUGAGAACCGCCGUGGGGUCGUCGUCCCUCAAGGCGAAAGUAUCUUGAAGCAGUGUUCAGAUGUGGAGCUCUCCUUCCCACAGUCACCGCGGGGCUCCAGCUUCUUUGCUGGUACAAAGAGGGGAACAUUGUUUCUCACUUCGUUUCGGGUGAUUUUUGUGACUUCGCACUCAGCCAGUGAUCCCCUGUUAUCUUUUAUGAUGCCGUUUGAGCUGAUGAAGAACUGCACUAUUGAACAACCAGUGUUUGGUGCAAACUACAUUCAAGGGACCAUUCAGGCAGCUCCAGAUGGUGGCUGGGAAGGACAGGCUACGUUUAAACUAGCCUUCCGGAAAGGAGGUGCCAUCCACUUUGCCCAGAUGAUGAUGCAAGCCGCCUCUGCUGCUGCUCACGGAGUUCCACUUGGAGUCCCAAAUUAUUGGACCAGCCCUCCAGGAAUUUAUGUUGUUACUGGGGAGGGGAGCAUGUGUACUCCAGAGACACCUUGUCGAGUUUUUGUGUAUGGAGCCCCCUCUGUGGGAUAUGGAGCCCCUCCUCCGGUAUAUGGAGCCCCGCCUCCUGGCUAUGGAGCCCCUUCUGCGGGAUAUGGAGUCCCUCCGGCAGGAUACAGAGUCCCCCCGGCGGGAUACAGAGUCCCCCCGGCGGGAUACGGAGUCCCUCCACCAGCAUAUGGAGUCCCGCCUCCUGCCUACGGAGCCCCGCCCCCUGCCUACGGAGCCACGCCCCCUGCUUACGGAGCUCCGCCCCCUGCCUACGGAGCUCCGCCCUCCGGAUAUGAAGUCUCUCCAGCGGGAAUGGAGGCCCAGCCCGUGGGACAUGGGGCUCCCCAUUCUGGGUACCCCUCCCCACUUCCUGCUCCCCGAGCCUCACCUGCUGGAUCUGGAGUGAGGCCUCCCAACUCUGUGGCAGGCCAGACUCCUGUUAAUGAGGCUUCCCCUCUCGCAACCUCCUCUCUGCCCCAUUCUCCUCCUCGUAUGUAA